AUGACGUGCAACAGGGGCGGCGGGGGGACGCCGGGCUACAUGCCGCCGGAGGUCUACGACGAGAGGCGGUGGUACCCUCGCGGGGACGUGUUCAGCCUCGGCGUGGUCUUUUUCCAGCUGAUGGUCGGCCAGAGCCACUGCGACCCCGUGCUGGGAGGCAACCACCUCUCGAACAGCGCCUGGUGGGCCGCGAGGUGCAGGCAGCUGCCGUGGCACCGCUUCCCCGACAUGCCGGACCUGAAGAACCUCGUGGGCUGCAUGACCAGACGAGAGCGCACCGAGAGGCCCCGUCCAGUGGAAGCGCUGGUCCACCCGUGGUUCAGAUCCCGCGAGGACGCGCAGCUGCCCGAGGCGUCGCUGAGGGGCCUCCUGGGGCCCGCGGCGGCCCUCGCGCUGCGCCGGCGCGGCCCCGACCUGGCGCUCCACGCGCCGCUACGAUUCGGCUCGCCCGAGCACGACGACGGCGAGGGCGAGUGGUGGACCGACGAGAGCGCCCACGGGGCCCCCGUGGGCGGGCCUGUGCUGCUCGGCGGCUGCCGCGGCGCCGCGCUGGGCGGCGCCAAGCCCGAGCGGAAGACGCUGCUGGGCGGGGCGCCGGCCUGGGGCGCUCUGGGCGGCGACCACGCGGCCGCACCGGGCGGCGCUGGGCCGGAGGGGAGGAAGACGCUGGGGUGGCCGGAGCUGUCGCCGUCGUCGUCGACAGAGUGCCCGAGCCUGUCCUCACGCGAGUUCGCCUCCCUGGCCUCGCAGCAGGCCCCGGCGUCGAGCGUGAGGGUCCGCCUCGACAGGGGCACGGCGGAUCAGCUCCUGGGGCUCACCGUCGACGCCGCCUCGGACGGCUCCCUGAAGCUGCUGGGGGUUGAGCCGUUUGGCCUCCUUGCCAGCUGGAAUCGGUCGAACUUUGCCGCGUCGUUGCAGGCUGGUGACCACAUCGUUGCCGUGAACGGCGUGAGCGGAGACGUGGACGCCAUGUGCAGGGAGAGAGCGGCCCGCUGUCGGCACCGCGAGGCGGCCGCGCAAAGCCGCGCGUCCACGCCGUCGCAGCGAACUGCAAGGCGGCCCUGGGCGCGCGGGCCAGGGGCCCGGAGCAUGACCUGA